AUGACACUUUUGAGAUUAAUUUUUAUAACACAUUUUUUAUCAGCAUCUAGUUUAGGCAGCAUGCUAACUUAUCAUGGAAGAGUUCGGGAAAAUGUACCAUUAGGGACAAUUGUAGAUCUUGACAUACCCCUUUAUGUUAGAAAAAGAUAUCAAAUAAGUGAUGAUGAGAUUUGUGGCUACACACUCUACAAAUGUCAACUUGGACACCCCUUCAAAGUUCAAAUAAUAGAACCAACCACGGGGAGUGCAGCCAUCAUUGUAAAUGGCAAUCUGGACUAUGAGAAACAGAAGGUGUUCCAGUUCGAGAUCGCUGGCCACGGAUGCAACAACAACAACAACAAUAAUAAAAUCAACAACAAAAACAACAACAAUAAUAAUAACAAUAACAACGAUAAUAGCAAUAACAAUAAUAAUAUUAAUGAUGAAAGCAACUUUAAUGUGAGCGGUGAGAACGGUUACGGUGACCGUCACAUCACCACCAUCUCCAACAACAUUGUCGAAAAUAAAAAUAGUGUAAAAAAAUCAUUCAUCCUGUCGAAAAAUCUUGAUAAUGAUGACGAGAGCAAUGAUGGUGAUGAUGAUGAUGAGAUGAUUUUUUCAAAGAUAUCUUCUAAUAAUACUCAAAUACAUUCAUUUUAUGCUGAAAGAGAAAUGGUCAUUAUUCACAUUGAAGACUAUAACGAUAAUGCACCGAGAUGGGUCUCAUACAACAACACCUUCAACAACAACAAUGAUAGUAAUAAAAACAAUAAUAAUAACAAUAAUACUAGCGCAAUGUUUAAUACUCUCCAUCAGCAAAAUAACCAUAAUAAUAAUAAUAACAAUAAUAAUAAUAUCAAUAAUAGUAAUAAUAAUAGCGACAGUAUUGAUGAUGGUAUGGUAGUGACGUGCUUGAAGGCAGUUGAUGAUGACGGCACACUGGAGCAUUCAACAAUCGCCAACUACAUACUGAUUAAUUAUAAAAGAUAUUUCAGCAUUGAUAAGCAAGGCUGCGUUUUCAUCAGACAACAACACAGCUCAUUUAACCAUCUACACGACGACGAUGAAGACGACCACGAUGAUGACGAUAACAAUAAUAAUAAUAACAACAACAACAAUAAUAAUAAUAACAACAACAAUAAUAAAAACAACAACAAUAAUAAUGAUAACGAGGUUAUAUUAAAGAUAUACGCGUCAGACUCCGGUGGACUGCUCUCAAAAUCAAUGCACCUCCACAUCAGCAUCCUUCCAUCUGCGUACCUGUGGGAUGGAUAUAGGGACGAGAUAUCAUUGAGUGACGAAAAUUAUGAUGAUGAUAAUAAUAAUAAUAAUAAUAAUAAUAAUAAUAAUAAUAAUAAUAAUAAUAAUAAUAAUAAUGUUAAUAAUAAUAAUAAUAAUAAUAAUAAUGAUGAUGAUGAUGAUGACGUCACGAAUGAUGAUGAUAAUGAUGACGACGAUGAUGAUGGCAUUGACAGAAGAGCCGAUGUUGAUAACCAUUAUAGAGCUGGACACGGUGACAGUGGUGGCAAAAAAGGUGAUGAUUAUGAUGAUGACGGUGGCGAUACUACUACUGCUACUACUGCUGCGGCUACUACUACUGCUGCUGCUACUGCUUUUACUACUACUACUAAUAAUAAUAAUAAUCAUAGGAAAGAGAUUCAAAUAUUCAGAAAUUUGCAGUUAAAAAGCGUGAUAAAGGGCAGCGGAGAUUUAAUCACAAAUCAUAAUAAUAUGAAUAAUAUGAAUAAUAUGAAUACUAAUUACAAUAAUAAUUAUAAUAAUGAUUACCAUAAUAAUAACAACAAUUACGUUGAUGGCUCAUGCGAUAUAAAGAGAGUAUCCGUUGAUAUUAGCAUACAAAAUGAAAAUGAUGAUGAUGAUGAUGGUAUCUAUGACAUUGAUACCGGUACAGAAGAUACGAAUACUUACAAUAACAACAACACUAGCAACAUUAGCCAUAAAUAUAACAAUAGCAACAACAACAACAAAGCAAAUAAACGUGUAGUAUGUGAACACGAUAUUACCUCCAUAUUGAAACAAUUUCUGUUGUGUAGUAGCAGUAGUAGUAGUAGCAGCAGCAGUAGCAGCAGUAGUAGCAGUAGUAGUAGCAAUAGCAGUAGUAGUAGCAGCAGCAGCGUACAAGUGCUGCGAGAACACGACGAAACAACCUUUCUCAUCGAAAACGAAACUAUCUUCAGCGGUUCUGGAAUUACCAGUGAGAUAAAAUUAGAUUGGAAUCACUUUACAACGGCUGUCUGGUUCAAAGGUCAACGGCAUUACGAAUCAGGCCCUAGUCGGAGAUUUGUUAUAUGGCAAGCCCGUUCUUUGAGUAAGGGCGUCCAUGUCAUGUAA